AUGCCUCGUGCGGCGUGUCCGUGCGUCUUCAUGGCGCUCGCGAUAGUGGUCCUCCUCGUCGGUGGCUACAGCACUGGCGCGCAUGCAUUUCGGUUCAGCGUAGUACCAGGCAAGGUGAAGUGCUUCACGAGCGAGCAGCCCGAGGGUGGUCGCUACGAGCUGCGGUACCGCAUGAUGCGCAGCCUCACACCCUUUGUCUCCGUGGCCGUCACGUCGCGUGGCGGCCGUGUGCUGAUGGAGCACGAGUUCGCCAAACCAGACGCAAAAGAGAUCGUCGUGGUGAACGCAAAUAGUCUAAUCUCUGUUUGCUUUCACACGUCAGAGAAGGCGUCGAAAGCGGCGGUCUCGACAAGCGUGACGCUCGACAUUGUCGAUGCCGAAGAUGCGGAGCUGACGCGCGUCAAGAAGCAGAGCUACAGCACGAGCAGCCCCAUCACGCUCGGCGCCGGCAAGGGUAGCGGCGCUAUACAGCAGAUGCAGUACAUCUACGAGACCUUCGCCUCCAUGCGCAUGGCUCUCGUUUCCCUCACCCGCGCCGACGAGGACAUCCGCUACUCGCUCAUGGAGGCAGAGCGCUUCUCGUGGCUGUUUGUCUAUAUCUUCGUAGGCAUCGGUGCCCUUAUCACACUUGGCUCCUUCGUCCGCCUGCGCAUCUUCAUGAAGAAGAGGAAGAUGCUGUGA